AUGAGCUCUCUCCGCUUCGCUCGCUCUGCCUUCAGGGCCCGUCCCUCCGCUCUCCGCGUUCCUCUCCAGCGCAGAGGUUACGCCGAGGCUGUGUCGGACAAGAUCAAGCUUUCCCUGACCCUUCCUCACCAGUCUAUCUUCAAGUCGACCGGCGUUGUCCAGGUCAACAUCCCCGCCGAAUCCGGAGAGAUGGGUGUUCUCGCCAACCACGUCCCCUCCAUUGAGCAGCUCAAGCCCGGUCUCGUUGAGAUCGUUGAGGAGGGUGGUGCCAGCAAGAAGUUCUUCCUGUCUGGUGGUUUCGCCGUUGUCCAGCCCGACUCCCAGCUGAGCAUCAACGCCGUCGAGGGUUUCCCUCUCGAGGAAUUCAGCAUUGACAACGUCCGUUCCCAGAUCGCCGAGGCCCAGAAGAUUGCCAACGGAAGCGGCAGCGAGCAGGAUAUUGCUGAGGCCAAGAUUGAGCUUGAGGUGCUGGAGAGCCUGCAGGCCGUCCUCAAAUAG